GGGCGGCGGGCGGAGGCGUUGGCAGCGGGCUGGGACGCACGCGGCGCCGCGGCCCCCCGUCUGCAGCGCGCCCACCCCGGCGGCGGCGGCACGAUGCCCUUUGACUUCAGGAGGUAAGAGUGAAGUCAGGGUAAAGUGACAGCCUUCCCAGGAAGAAAGCCUGGCAGUGACCUCCAUGCGCUGGUUGAUGUGGUACUCCAGCCUUUCCCGGGCACCUAUGCCAUGUGGCAGACAGACAUCUACCGACUUCCUCCUGCCCCUUCCAUGAAGCCCAGAGGCUGGCACCAGGAUCUCAGACAAAUGCUUGCAGAUCCAGGGCGGUUUCAGAGAAGGAAAGUUCCUCCGAUGGAACAAGGGACAGUCCUUAUACUGACAAUUAACAGCGGGCCACAAGAGCUAUGGUUGGCACAUGGUUUCCUGGUUCCACAAUGCCUCCCCUUACCAGUCUGAUAAUUAAGAUUCCUGGACUCCACCCCCCUCCUAUGAUUUAGUAGGUUUCAGUGAUUUUUGACCUUGUUGGGGAAACUACCGCUUUUGGUCAUUUCAUCCUUUCACUCUGCACCUAACCCCUUAGGAGGAAGUUGAAGCUUCAGGCUGAGGGUCUUGCCUUGGACCUCAUGGGAACUAGACUGAGGGGUGGGCCAGAGUCCCAGAUCAUGCACAGCUUCCAACCUGAUGCCCGUUGAGUUGGAGGUUUGGGGUGCCCGGGUGCCUGGGGUCCCCUGCUUAAUGAGGUAUUGUUUUAAUACAUUUUCUUGAGGGCUUGGGCUUACCACAGAAUAGAGGGAAUAGAUAUCACACCUUUGUAUUUGUGCUUUGGAGGACAAGCCAUUUGUACUGAGAACCCAGACUUUUUAAGAUGCUAACCCCGGGGCUCAGUUUCUAAGGAAGGUUCCACCAUUCCACCUACCUUCUUCCUCUUCAGUGUUCAUUCAUCAGAUGUUUACCCUGCUCGGCCCUCUGCCACGUGGCCCACAGUACAGAGCUGGGUACGUGUGGCCCUGCCCUCUCAGCAUUGCAGAGAAGGGAAGGAGGGCAUCGUAGGUCCCAGGAGUGGGGUGUCUACCCCUGUACAGGCUCUGAAGACUUGAUGUCUGUUCCCUUGUCACCUGUGAGAGGGAGUUUUAAUCUUCAUUUUAAAUCAAAGGAAUGAAAGGCUGCCCAGUAGAAGCUUUUUGCCCAGAGCCAUAUAUGGGUGAACUGAUGGAGUUGAGAUUUGAACUCAGCGGCUGUUAGCUAACUCUGGGAGAAAAGGGAACUCUUGGAGGGUCCUACCACCGGUCCGAUCUCUUAAGAACUGUUGGGGAAUGGAGAGGGGCCUACUGCGAUUGGACACUCUCUCCAGUGUGAGGCCUGGAAGAUAAACCAGGUUUCCUGCCUGUUUUGCUCGCCAUACAACUAGCCAGAAUCAGGAGGAGGCGGGGAGAGGAGGGGAUAGCAAUCUCUUGCCCUCUUGCCCUUUCUUAUCGAUACUCCUUUUUUUCUCAGUGCAUAUGGGACCUUGUGCAGCUUACCUCCUGUGUGUUCCCCUGUCUGUGAAAUGGGCACGAGAACAGUACCCAUUGUUGAGAGGAUUUAACGAGUCCAUGUGUGUAAAGCAUUUUAGACACAGCCUGGCAGUGGGGAGACAAGGGGAGAUGUGGAAGGCUAAGUGGAAGAUGUGGAUACAGCACCAUCACUUCCGUCUUGACCAAGGGACAUGCUCCCACCCAGCUGCAGGAGUGGCCAGGAGACCCAGGCAGGCCAUGUGCCAGGAAGAAGAGAAAAGGAUGGGGUUUGACAUCUACAGGAAGGUGCCCAAGGACCUCACGCAGCCGACAUAUACCGGGGCCAUUAUUUCUAUCUGCUGCUGCCUCUUCAUCCUCUUCCUCUUCCUCUCGGAGCUCACCGGAUUCAUAACAACAGAAGUCGUGAAUGAGCUCUACGUCGAUGACCCGGACAAGGACAGUGGGGGCAAAAUUGACGUCAGCCUGAACAUCAGUUUACCCAAUUUGCACUGCGAAUUGGUCGGGCUCGACAUACAGGAUGAGAUGGGCAGGCAUGAGGUGGGGCACAUCGACAAUUCAAUGAGGAUCCCAGUGAACAAUGGGGCCGGCUGCCGCUUUGAGGGGCAUUUCAGCAUCAACAAGGUCCCAGGCAAUUUCCACGUGUCUACACACAGUGCUACAGCCCAGCCACAGAACCCGGACAUGACCCAUGUCAUCCACAAGCUCUCCUUUGGGGACACACUGCAGGAUGAAGAGAGCCAUCUCCAGCGGGUCCAGCCCAGCAGCUUCCUGUGUGGCAGCAGUGAAGGGAAACUGAACACAGACCACCUGAUCUCCACCAGCUGCAGGCAGGUCCAGAAUGUCCAUGGAGCUUUCAACGCUCUCGGAGGAGCAGAUAGACUCACCUCCAACCCUCUCGCCUCCCACGACUACAUCUUGAAGAUCGUGCCCACGGUGUACGAGGACAAGAGUGGCAAGCAGCGGUACUCCUACCAGUACACGGUGGCCAACAAGGAGUACGUAGCCUACAGCCAUACAGGACGCAUCAUCCCUGCCAUCUGGUUCCGCUAUGACCUUAGCCCCAUCACGGUCAAGUACACAGAGAGACGGCAACCUCUGUACAGGUUCAUCACCACGAUCUGUGCCAUCAUCGGUGGGACCUUCACUGUCGCUGGCAUCCUAGACUCCUGUAUCUUCACAGCCUCGGAGGCUUGGAAGAAGAUCCAGCUGGGCAAGAUGCAUUGAUGACCCACUGGGCCCAAUGGCCAAGGACCCAGGGAGACCGCCAGCCCUGCUUCCAGCGCCCUGUCUCCUCCUGCCCUCUUAUCUGGCCCAGGAUCUGGUUGGGGGAGGUCGGGGGUGGCUCACGGUUUUGCAGCUACCUCUUUUCCCCAUCUUUAAUUUUAGAUGAAUUCCACUGCCUGUGGUUGUGGUGCCCCUUUUCCUGGGGAGCCCCAAGACCAGAGUCAGGCAUAGUGGGUUCGAGGAUAUCAGGGACCAUUCCCUGGAGGGCUACAGUUCCUUCCUUCUUAGGGGAACAGCCCAGAAUCCACGUCGACCAGGUCUCAGCCAGGCUUUGACAAUCUUGAAGCUCCCACCAUUUGGAUGCACCAAUCUACUGGGUUUCUUUCCUGGGCAACCAGCCUGCAGACCAGGCUCUCGGCUCUGGACCACUCUGCCCAAAGGUGCCUCCGCUCGGCGCCUUCAACAAAGAAUGGAACGUCCCAGGCAAGCCCCUGAGAUGUGGCGCCAUAGAUGGAACCCUCUCUUUUGCUCUGUCCCUUCUUGCCCAUCCUGGAAUCUGGCCUUGAGUCCCUCACCCCCACCCAUUUCUUUUUCUCUGUGAGGCAGAUGCCCAGUGUUUGGGUAGCAGUGGUGGUGACUUGGGUCUGCCCAUUGGAAACGGUGGAUGGCGAGUUCCCCUUCCUCUCUUCACCUUGUUUCUCUGACACCCCCCCCCCCCCGCCCCGCCAAUGUGCCUCAGCCCCUGUGCUGUGUGGCAACAGCAUCUCUUGGUGGAAGGGCUGGUUUUAACCUGGGAGACAUCCUUUGAACACCAGACAUGGUUUGUGUCCUUCUGUCCCAGACAGAAAGCAUCCUUCUCUGCAUCCCUAAAAUAAUCAUGUCUCACCAUCUUCCAGAGUUGCUGUCAGGCCAAGGCCUUAGGUGGGGGAAGCAAAGCAGACCAGUCCUUCUCCUGUCUUUGAACAUCUAUCUUCCAGGCUCCCGAGGGGUGCACAGCACUCGGACUUCUCUGCAGCCCAGUUGUGGCCCACUUGCCACUGAGUUCCCCCAUCACGGGCCACACAUGUGUUUCUGGUCCCUAGGGCAGCUCCACUGUCUUCCCACUUCUCCUGAGGUAGAUCCCUACCCUGCUACUCAUGCUCAUCCUUCCCCUUUAGUCCUGAAAGGGAGCGGCAAUGGUCCAGGCAUGAAUUCCACCCAGGGAAUUUUAGGUACGCCCUUGUAUCCCAGGGAGAGAGCUGCCUGCCUGUUUUCCAUUUAUAUCAAGAUUGUUUGCAUACUUUUGUAAUUAAGGGGUGUGUCCAGUGGAAGUUUUUAAAUGAUCUAUAUGGAUAGCUCAAGUCUUUGCCAUUUGUAAUUUUUGGCUUUGGAUUCCAAUUAGAAAAGUGUCCCCUUCUGCAUAUGAGUUGACUGAUGUUGUGAGUGUAAACUGCAUUUGGUUAUCUCUGCUAUCUGUGGCCACUUGGAUGGAUUUUUUUUUUUUUUUUUUCCAUUUUCUGUUCCACAGUUACUGAAAGGAGUCUCUUUGGUAUGUGAAUACCUGCACCUGGAGAGGGUGGGCAGGGUGGGGCGGGGAAAUGUGUGGCAUGCACAUGAGUUGAAAUUCCACUUUUAUGCUUUUUAAAAAACAAACAAACUCUUGAGGACAUGAGGGCUGUCGGUUUCCUAUGGAAGAGACACCUCUGACCCGUUACUCUUAAAAUCUCAAGGGGGAAAAAUGGUUUAAUUCUUUCCCCACUCAUUGGGCUCAAAUAGAUUAAAAGGCUGAUUUUCAGAAGUA